UAUUACUCCCAACUCUUCCAUAUAGAUAUAUUUACAGUAUGCUGCAAACCCCAUUGUCCAUAUUCAUCAUCAUCGUCAUCAUCCUGUAGUACUCACUUUCCGCUUGUUCUGUACUGAGCAAGUUCUCACAAAGAGCUAGAUCAAAGGAAAGCAUUGAAGAAGCAAGAGAUGGGGGAAGAAUCCUCACUGUCAUUGGUCUGUAGACCAUCAGCCACCGGCGAUGCCCCCAUUAUCUCCUCCUGCAACGAGCGCAUCAGGCCCCUUCUUGACUGCGUCGACCAGCUCCGGCACCUCAAGAUCAUGCAGGAAGGCAUCCAGCUCCCGACCAUCGUCGUCGUCGGCGACCAGUCCUCCGGCAAGUCCAGCGUCCUCGAGUCCCUCGCCGGAAUCAGCCUCCCCAGAGGGCAGGGGAUUUGCACACGUGUCCCGCUCAUCAUGCGCCUCCAGAACGCCCCUCUUCUCGAUAACCCAGAGCUCCACUUGGAGUACAGUAAGAAAACUGUCCCUACCGACGAAGCCCACAUCGAGGAAGCCAUUGUUCAGGCCACCGAGGAGAUUGCCGGGUUCGGGAAAGGGAUUUCCCACACCCCGUUGACUCUGGUCGUGAGGAAGAACGGAGUUCCUGACCUGACCAUGAUUGACUUGCCCGGAAUCACCCGAGUUCCGGUUCAUGGCCAGCCCGCCGACAUCUACGAGCAGAUCUCAGGCAUCAUCAUGGAGUACAUAGCCCCGCAAGAGAGUAUCAUCCUCAACGUCCUGUCUGCGACGGUGGAUUUCCCCACGUGCGAGUCCAUUAGGAUGUCCCAGAAAGUGGACAGGUCCGGGGAAAGGACACUUGCGGUGGUCACCAAGGUUGACAAAGCUCCGGAAGGGCUUCUGGAGAAGGUCACGGCCGAUGACGUCAACAUCGGACUGGGUUACGUCUGUGUCCGAAACAGGGUUGGCGAGGAAGGGUAUGCGGAGGCAAGAUCGCAUAACUAAUCCAUGAUGUUCUCCUCCUUUUGCUUCUUUUGCCUGUGUCUGUAGGGGGUAAAUAAGAACUUAAUUUGACUAUUGUUAUUCAGCUAUUAGGUGAAGUAGCUGCUUUUUGCUGUUUGGCGUGAUUGUGCUAGUUUAUUUUCAGACAUGUUUUGCUAAUAUCCGUUAUUUAGCUAUUAUUAAGUGAAGUAUGUAGCUGUUUUUUGCUGUUUGGCGUGAUUGUGCUAGUUUAUUUUCAGACCUGUUUUGCUAAUAUCCGUCUCUAUUUCAACUUCAACAAU